UUGCGAAACAAGAUUAAUACUGGAAACGACAUUCAGUAUUUCACUAGUUUUAAAAAUCAAGGAGAAAAAUGAGAAAACAACUAUUUUGUAUCUCGCUGAUUGCGGUAUUUGUUAUCGGUGAGGCUAAAACUUUUGACAAAUGUUCCCUAGCGAAAGCUCUCCUAGCUCAGGGAUUCAACAAAGCCGAUCUACCGAAUUGGGUGUGUUUGGUGCAAAAUGAAAGCGCUAUGAGUACCAACAAGAAAAACAAUAACAGGAAUGGUUCAACCGAUUGGGGUCUGUUCCAGAUCAACGAUCGGUAUUGGUGCGAUCCCCAGGACAAGAAGAAGAAAAGUUCCAACGAUUGCAAGAUUAAGUGUUCGGCCCUGCUGACCGAUAACAUUACUGUACCAUCGACCUGUGCCAAAAAAAUCUACAAACGACACGGAUUCACGGCUUGGUACGGAUGGAUCAAUCACUGCAAGAACAAAAAGCUGCCAGAUCUGUCCAAAUGUUUCUAAUGAUUUAAAUUCAAAAACUAAGUUCUUUUUCAAUUUCUUUCUGAUCCCUGGUUCUGAUUAUAAUAUUACUAAAUACCGAUUGAAAAGUAUAUGAUCCAAACUUGAAUUAAAUUGUAGAAAUCUUCUUA